UUUCAAGUUUGUUUUCGCAUGUCGUUGAGGCAGGGGCGGGCCGUCGGUGAUGUAAUAUCUUUUGCUUCUCAACUGGCUUCUACUGUCGGACUAAGUGCACCGAACAGUAUAUCUGAUGUCAACAUAGAGUUUUUCGAAUCUAUACUGGAGAAGAUUAGUGACUUCAAAAAUGAUGGCAAGGGUGUUUCACUAUGUUUUUAUUGAUUUGUAGCUACUUUAGAUCAUAAACCUCGAUGGGAUUUCCUGCUGCAAUCACUAUCUAGAUUGAUGGGCAGUUCGCUUGGUUAUAUAUCCAUCAGACAUUUACGCACAUUCGAUCCUAAUGUUGUAUAUAGUCUUCUUGAACUAAUUGAUCUAUUGGCAAAAAACAAUUUUGUUCAGAAAGACUUUAAAGUGGCAGAGCAAACUCGUAAUGAAAGGCUAAAUCCAGAUGAAUUGUGUGGAAACGUAUCACGUAAACUUGAAAGAGUUCGUAACUUAUACUCUCAACAAAAGUCCUCGCCGAUUCUAUUUCAGGAAUCACAAAACAAUUUUGAAUCACGAUCACACGAUAACAUGGAUUCUAAAUUACAAAAUAUGGAUAGAUCUACAGAAAGUAGUAGCGCUAGGUUGGCUUAUCUUCAAGAAAAACUUAAGACAUGUUUACUUAGUAUCCCGCUUGACGAAAAUAGUUCAAAAAGCGAUGGUGCGUCUAUACUAACUCGGUCAAACUCAUUUCAUACUAAACAGUUAAAGCGUCCUUCUGACAAUUGUAACUGCGGUUGCAAAAGUGUAGUUAAAUUACAUGCCAAACCUUUAGUGGAUACAUUGCAUAUUUAUGCGAAUAAGCAUUCAACUAUACCCUACCCUAUCAGUGUUACUGAAGAAAAUGAAGACCUGUCCAAUCAAUCGUUUUAUAAAUUAUUAGAUGGAUUUCCUAAAAUAGAUUUAGAUGAACAUGAAGAGCGGGUUUUGCGCAAAAAGGCAUUAAGCGUAAUGAGACAGCUUUCAAGCAAUUCCUCUUCUGGUCUAUCUCCCAUACAUGUUCCUGAAUCUCAUUCACAAAAUAUUGAGGAAAGGCAGAGACGUCGUCUUGCACAGUUAGUUCAUUAUGAUCGUCAAAUUGAAAACCUCAGACACCAAAGAGCAAGCGAAACCGUCGAGAGGCGUAUUCGAGGAGAAGCGAGAGAGAGAAAAUUCCAAAUGAUUAGAGCUCGGAAAUAUUUCGACGAAUUUGUCCGUGAAUUUCGUCUGAAAAAAAUUGCCAAGGUUAAUACUGAUGAAAAGAUAUUUCGACAAUUUUUUCAGCAACUGAUUCAAAAACAAAAGGAAUAUUUUUUUGAAGUGAAAAAACUAGAACGUGAAGAAAAGCUCCAGAAAGACGAACAAAAAAGGAAAAUUAUGGAAUCGUUAGAACAUGAGUACUAGCAUAUUUUUAUUUUCAACUCAGUUUAAAGUUUGUGAUAUUAGUUGUUAGUCAUAUUUCAAGGUUGAUUACUAAGAUAUUUAUGCUUAUUAAUCAUAAGAUAUCUUCAUUUAUUUCAAAGCUCAAGCUGAUCAAAGAAGUAUUUCUUUCCAAUUAGUUCCUCAUCCUAGAUGUACACUAAUAUGUAGAUUUCGUAAUGAAUUAGAAAUCAAUGCCAAAUAAAUUAUGGUGUAUCAAUUUGAAAGUUUAUCUCAAUAUUUUCUUAAAAGGUAACAAGCAAUUUGGUGCUGAACAAAUAUCAACUUAAAGAUAAAGUGAACUUGCAUUAUUGGUUGAGUAUUUAUGCAAUUUUGUUUUAAUAUUAAUUUUACAUUCAUUGAAUAAAUGACUGUAACUACUAUCCUUAUGAAAAAAUAUUGCGAUAUAUUUCUGAAUCGAUGUACCACCAUUUAUUAGGUACAAAUUUCAUACUUAACGAAACUUACAUACCGGUUGAUGAGGGGCGGUUUACAAUAUUUUUUUCCCUCUCACACGCUUAUUACGAUGAUACGUUAAUAAGACUAAUCACGUUAUACCAGAACCAGGAUUCGCUACCCAAAAUAGCAGUCACACACAGUAGAAAUCAAUGAUAAGAAGGAAAAUCACAUAUUUAAUAGUUCUUGAGCUCUGGAUGUUUGUCCAGGCUCAACAACCAAUUAUACUGUACUUUCACUACCACACAUCACCAGUGUAGAGCUGUUGGUAAGGUACUAAUUUAAAAUAAAUAUUACUGUUGUAUAAGAACAAAGAAUAAGUGAAUGGUAAUUGCUGGGAUCUAUUUAUGGACUGUUAUUAUAUAAAUAUUUUUACCGUAUAUCUAUGAAGUAACAAUAUUAUAUGUAUAUUCAUAUAUAUUACCACCACUGAAUUAACUACUUUUAUGAAUCCGGUGUUCAUCUUGUUGUGCUAAUUAGGUAUGGCAACUUGGACCGAUGC